AUGGUGGACACGAAGGAGCCGCGGCUCAGUGCAAGCAGGUCGAUGCUGCUGCUCUCGUCGCCGUCGAGGCUCAACGUGGUGUCGUCGGACUGGUCGAAGGUGGAGAAGCACAACAAGGUGAUGAAGCCGCGGGCUGCGCACGGGUCGCUGUCGAACGUGACGAACGUGGCGCACAGCGCGGGCGGGGGGAUGCAGCGGACGAAGUUGACGCAGGCGGUGCCGCCGCUGCUGCGAAAGAGCUCGUCGUACUUCAAGGAGGAGGCGGUGAAGGAGGCGGCGGCGGAGGAGCACGGGUCGCAGACGUACGCGUCGUCGGACCGCUUCAUCCCCGUGCGGAACAAGGGCACGGGGGCGCGGUGCGACGAGGAGGCGGAGGACCAGGACGUGUCGCCGCCGCCGAACGCGUCGCCGUCGACGCACCUCAAGGCGCGCACGAAGAUCGUGUUCAAGCAGAACAUCGCGGAGGCGUGCGGGCUCGACAUGUCGCAGCGGAUCUUGCAGUACCUGCCGCAGCCGCCGCAGGCCUCGGUCAAGCGGACGAUAUACUCGAUCGGGAGCCGCGCGGAGCGCUACAGCGCGGGCGCCCAGCCGCUCAGCAAGUUCACGCGCCUCCGGAAGAUCAACACGAACCCGGAGCGCAUUCUCGACGCGCCGGGCUUCCAGGACGACUUCUACCUCAACUUGUUGAGCUGGUCCAAAAAGAACGUGUUGGCCAUUGCCUUGGACCAGAGCAUCUAUCUAUGGAACGGCGAGACCGGCGAGGUCAGCUUGCUCACCGAGUUCGAGACCGAGACGAUCACGAGCGUCGUGUGGUCGAACGACGACUGCCACAUCUCGAUUGGCAAGGACGACGGCAACACCGAGAUCUGGGAUGUGGAGACCAUGUCCCACGUGCGCACGAUGCGAAGCUCGUUGGGCGUGCGGAUUUGCUCGCAGGAUUGGCUAGACACGGUCGUUUGCAUAGGCGCCAAGAGCGGGGAGAUACAGGUGAACGAUGUCCGGGUGAAGGACCACAUCGUCUCCACAUGGGAGAAACACACGAGCGAGGUCUGUGGCAUCAAAUUCAGGCAGGACGGCCUGCAGCUCGCCUCCGGCGGGAACGACAACACAGUGAUGAUAUGGGACACGAGGCAGGACGAGCCACUAUGGGUGAAGCGCAACCACAACGCUGCGGUCAAGGCGAUCACCUGGCACCCGGACGUGGUCAACCUCCUCGCCACCGGCGGCGGCUCCCUGGAUAGACACAUUCACUUCUGGAACACAACCACCGGCGCGCGCAUAGGCAGCAUCAACACAGGAUCCCAGGUUUCAUCGCUACACUGGGGCCAGAGUUACGAAGAUUCGCACAUGAACAGGGAGAUAGUCGCAACAGGCGGCUCCCCCGACAAUUCUAUCUCCAUCUACAAUUAUGAUUCCAAGGUUAAGGUUGCAGAAAUUACACAAGCUCAUGAGUCCCGUAUCGUUUCGAGUCAGUUGUCGCCAGACGGCACGACCAUAGCUACAGUCGGCGGCGACGAGAAUUUGAAAUUCUACAGGGUCUUCGACGCCAAACGGAAGAAGAGCCGCGAUCACGAAGCCGAGAGCUUCCUCGAGAUCAUGGGUGUCGGGAAAAAGGGCGACGAGGACAGCAGCGCCUCGCUCUCGCCAAAGAAAUCCAGCUUCCUCAUUAGGUAG